AUGGGUUUGGGCCUUGCUGACCGGAAACUUCCAGAUGUUGUGAGUUGCGAGUUUGAAAUUGCCAGGCAUCAAAUUAGGUUAAACAAGAUUCCGGAAAACGGAGUGCGAAACCUCCGAGAUGAUGUAAACAAGGCUGAAACGAAUAGCUGGGCUAGCGAGGCUAUGAUGUGGCUACGAGUGGUAGAGAAUGAAAGACUAUUGAAGAAAAGGUUUGCUCUGAAAGUCAAAAAGACUUGGAUUGGUGAGGAUAUAAAAGCAUCUGUCGUGUUGUUUUGCUAA